UUGUGCGCUACCGAAGCGCGCAAAGUUGUCAUUUCAGUCUGACUGACAUAAGGCGCGAUAACGCAUGCGUGUUUGAUAUAAGCCGAAUAUGUUUAAUAACAUUGCACGUAAAAGGUUUUUGUGAUGACAAAUACUGUCAUAUAUAUGCUACGUGUUGUAUUAGUGAGUGUGUUAUAUUACGGAUUGUUUGAUGUUUUAAAAGGUGUAAAAAAAUAUUUUAAUAACUUGACAGAGAGUUGAUAAUAUUGGAUUUUAAUUUGCUGGCAGCCACCUAAGAUCGACAGUAUGGCGGAUGAUUGGAAUGUCACCGAAGACUUAGCAUCCAACGUUAUACCUAGCGAAUUAUCCAAAUUCUCCCCAGGUCUUCUCACCUUCGCAGCUGUGGUAACAGGCUUCAUAUUGCUGGUGGGUCUUUUUGGAAACUUACUAACCGUGGUCGCUCUCCUUAAAUGUCCUAAAGUGAGGAACGUCGCAGCUGCUUUUAUUAUUAGCCUAUGCAUCGCAGACUUCCUGUUCUGCGCCAUGGUGCUGCCCUUUGCCAUUUCCGGUUUCUGGACGCGCACGUGGUCCCACGGAGGCGCUCUUUGCAAACUGGUGCCCUUUCUGCGCUACGGGAACGUCGGGGUCUCCCUUCUCAGUAUAGCACUCAUUACCCUGAAUAGAUAUAUAAUGAUAGCGCAUCACAGCUGGUAUUCCCGCGUGUAUCGAAAGCAUAAUAUUGCCCUCAUGAUAGUUUUUUCCUGGAUGUUCUCCUACGGGAUGCAGAUUCCCACCCUCCUCGGAGUUUGGGGUCAGUUCGACUACGAUGCGGAGCUGGGCACCUGCUCCAUAGUGGCCGACCAAAGGGGCAGGUCGUCGAAGACCGCUCUCUUCGUCAUCGCCUUCAUCGUUCCCGCUCUCCUCAUCUUCAUCUGUUACGCGAGGAUAUUUUGGGUGGUUCAUAGCUCCGAACAGCGUAUGCGGGAGCACCAUAGAUCGCAGACCAUCCAAGGUACGCUGAACAACGGUGGCGACAUCAAACGAUCUACCAUAAAAGACUCUCGAGAAACCAAAGCCAGAAGGAACGAAUGGAGGAUUACGAAAAUGGUUCUCGCCAUUUUCUUGUCUUUCCUCGUGUGCUACCUGCCCAUCACCAUCGCGAAGGUGGCCGACAGCCACGUCCACUACCCCGUGUUUCACGUGGCCGGCUACCUGCUGCUGUACGCCAGCGCCUGCGUGAACCCCAUCAUCUACGUCAUCAUGAACGCGCAGUACCGGGCAGCGUACGCGGCCGCCCUCUGCUGCCCCCGAGGCCACGGUCGCCUCGCCAGCGAGAAAUGGAACGAGCGUCACGGCUACAGCUUCAGCAACACGCGCACGGCGCUCAGUCAGGUGUCGCUGGGGGACUCCAGGGCGGAGCCUCGAGGCAACUCCGCUCGGACGGGCUAGACGUUCGCCAGGUCGCGUCCCUGGGCGGCCGAGGCGACCCCACCGAUCUGUCCGCCCUUCCCGAUUUUUCUCCGCGACUCCGAAAGGACCGAAUCGGACUCUCAUGACGGCUCGUCGGCCGAAAAGACGAAGACCGAGUUUCCGCGGAUCCGUCCUUCGCGGCGACGAGCAGCUCGCCCUUCUGGUGAGUGUUUGGGCGCAGCUUUCGCAUUGGCCAUUCCAAUAAUAUUAUAUAAUUAUAUACCUGCACAUUCCAAUGUGACAUAUACUGAGAUUUAUAUUAGCCAAAGAGUAGAUUUAUCAUUUUGUAUGUGUGUGCGUAAUGGGUGGUAAAUGUAAACCCUAUUUGUUAAUCGUGUGAUAAUAAUAACUUUUUAAUUAUGUUUAAUUCUUCUCCAGGCUGUAUAUUGUUCAUAUUUUUCACGCUUAUUCAAGUUGUUAGUCGAUCGUGUGUAGAUAGAGUAGAAUUAAGAAAAAUUACCUACCUAUAAUAUUUAAAUACUAUUUAAUUUAUUUUAGUGUCUAUUUUCGUUCAAGUGUAAUUGUGCUGUAGAUACUUUGCCAUAAUAUUACGACGUGACCUAUAUAAUAUACAUGACAUAAAGUUUAUAUCGGCGCUUCAGGCAAUUUGAAUCAUUGUUCAAUUAUUAUUAGAUAAAUUAAAAAUGUUAUUAUGACUCUCUAUGGUUGUUUAUUAAAUAAACUUAGACUACU